AUGGAAUCAUUGACUUUGCGCCCUGAACCCCCGGAUUCCUUUCGCAUCAGGCGCAAGCCCGUCUCCAACCCCAACUUGCGGGCAACUGUCGAUCCCCCAUCUCACAACACAAGCUCGCUAGCUCCGCCGCGUUCAUUGUCCAGACCCCCAUCCUACACUGAUUUAUUUGGGCCGGCACACCGAGACUGUCCGGUGACACCUCAAAGGCCUCGAACAGCUGGGGCGACAUCCUCAUCGGCCUCCUUAUCACAAACACAAACACAGGCACCGCCACCGCCACCGCCACAACUGCCAACCCCCGUCCAAAGGGCGUAUGGGGAAGCUCGGCACUUUCUCGGGGGUUUGAUCAGUCACCCAGCAGAGUCAAACAAGCAUUUCACCCUAUUGCGCCAUGGAUUUCCAGUCGUCUUCUAUCGUGGAAAUGUCACGUCGGUCGCGGUGUCUAUCUUCUCCGAUAGCCCUUUGCCGCUCGAUCGGACUCUCUGGCUGCAGAACAGAGGCUGGUCCGGAACAACCGGAAUGCGCACUAAAGCCUUGUUUCGAUUAAACGACAGUUGGCUUGAUGUCACACCAGGCAUGCCCGUACGAGCCGACCAAGUGAACCCGGAUGAUGAACGUGCUUGGCAGCGCGAUAUCAAAAAGUUUCGCAAGAAGGCUCCCCAACGUCCUCGUGAUACGCAUCAGUUGCGCGAGACAGUUGUCGUGCGAAUCCCAGCUGAGGCUGGUGAUGGUUAUUUCCAGCUGGUACUCUGUCAGGGCCCCAAGAAGAAGGUUCUAGGCAACAGUCCAGUCUUCCGUGUUCUUUCGACCUCGGCCAGCCCCCACUCCAUUCGCGGUGCUAGCCUUAGUACAAUGCCGCUUGAAGUUGGCGCAAUGGUGGUCGGUUUAUAUGCGAAAACUGCCGCACGAACUGCAGCCGCUCCCGCCUCUGCGGCGUUUGCUACCAGAGUCGAUCGAUAUCGCCCGACCUGGGUCAAACAAACUGCAGUACAAAAGGCUUAUACUGCAAGUGGUGUUGAAACACGCGUUGCAGGACUUUUCAACUCCUCUGCUGGUCCGGGUCAAGGUGUCACAGUCGAUCAAAGUGUUUCCCCAAUCGCUUGUCAAUUACCAGUGGAGGAUAGUCCACAGGCACCAUUUCCACUGACCUUCAAAGCCCGAGGCCAAGUUGACAACUUCGCACCUUUCAAUAGUCCCACAGACACUCCAAAGUUGACCCUUACAAAUCCUCCCGACUGGGUAGUUGAGCAGCUGCGUGGAUACUUUUUUGGCUGGGCAAGGUUCGACGCAACUACUGAGAAAGAUCCCUCAUUAGGUUCUUGGUCCCCCAUGAUUUUGGCCGUUCGAACUUUGGAUCCACUCCAGGCUUCACGUGUCAAUAUUUCACAAAUCUCGAAACAUAUUGUAACACUACGUUUAUUGGACGAGGUACCAUUACAGACAAGCAAGGUUCAAAUCCGGGUGUUGGGGUUCCUCAGAGUUGAUGUUCCGCCUCCCAGAGGUAGCACUAGCCAGGAACUUGCAGAUGCGCAGGCUGCGGCCGGAGAAGCAGCUAUUCUAGCUGAUGCUUAUGAUGCUGAUGUAGUGCAGAAUACCUUGGCGUAUCCAGGUUGGUCACCUGAAACCCCUAGUGCACUUGAGAUCCAGAAGCAACAAUCGAGCUGGGUUGAUCGAAGCAUGGAAGGAUACGCAAAUAUGCGGGCCAAAGGGCAGAAAUGGGUCGAUCAAGUGCCGUUGCAUAAACUUGGGGUUCGUUCAGAGACUGAUGCAUGGCGGGAGAGACAAGUGGCUGUCAAUGGGUUUUGGAUCGUUCGAUGA